AUUAGGUCCUUAUAACACUGCUCUUAGGCCUAGGCAAAACGUGUUCAGCUGUAAGCUUUGACCCUUGCAUCGGGCAAGCUUUGACGAUUCCUGACGGUCCUCACCACAGAGGCGACGUCAAGGCAGUGAUCACUUUGCUGCCUCUCAUAGGCGUACAUUGGUCUGGGAGGGCCUUAAUACUCUUGUCGGCGACCGACGGUGAAGCUGCUAUCGAGGAAAGGCGCUAAUAAAGUGGGCCAUCGGAUCCAAGCGCCGAGAUAUCAUACGUAAAAUUGUGCUUGUCAUUGCGCUGAUGGGAAAAGGCAAAGAGAACAGGUCCACUUUCGAAUGCUGGGGGCCGCUUGACAUUUGGUGGAGGGCUUACGUGCAAAUGCGUGGUGAAUUUCCAGAAGAGCCCGAGCUGCAGAGGUGGUACCAGCAGGAGUCACGCCUCGCGUUUACCAGCGACGAUCUACCGGCCUAUGCACAGGUACUCGACCGCGCUAGGAGCCUGUGCGAGGCCGCCUGUGCGGACCGUAUCUUCCUGCAAGGACGCUACGACGGCGGUUGCCAGAGUGAGGCGGUCGGAGGCGAAGCCAACGUGCAGGAGGCAGAUGAGGCGGACCUCACAGCAAUGGUUUCGCUGUCUGCUGCAACCGCAACCGCAACCGCAGAACCCUUUGCUACCAACGCGCAGCCCAAACCACCGGCGUCGGCUCCGCUGCAAAGCCUGCUCCUGUUCGGUCUGCCAGCAGCAGCAGACGGCGUGGACGCGGCAGCUACAGCCGCAGCCGCAGCGCGCCCUGCCGCAGUUGCGCCUUCGCUGUCGUCACCAGCAGCGGUUGCAUGCCCGCUGGACGUCGAGUUCAACCCGCUCUCCUUAUCAUCACCUACCUCACUCCGGCCCGCCAAGAGGGCCAGGGUGCGUGUGGAGGUACCGGACCCGGCAGGAGACACGGCGGCUGCGGCGGUGCAGCUCCCCCAUGGUGACCCGGCGGACGCGGGCGACUGCGCUACUGCAGCUGCAGACGUGGCCGCUCCCGCUGCUGCGGCUGCUGGUGCAUGGGGGUCCAUACAGCCGACUGCAGCAGCAGCAACAGCAGCAGCGAGGGGGGCAGCAACACCGGGUGGUGGUGCUGUGGCGACGGCGGGUGCAUCCGGUUGGGUGGCGACUGCGUCGGCUAGCGGUGUGUUUGUGAGGAGCCCUUGCUCCUCAGCCGGCGGUGCGGCCGCCUGCACGCCGCAGAGCUGCCCUGCUGCUCCCGGGGAGGUUUCGGAGGUGCCGCCGCGGGACUGGGCGACGACGAUGACGCCCACCACGGCGACGGAUGCCGCCACGCCUGGGGCGGGUACGACAGCACAGGUGGUGAUGAUGGGCGGCUCUAUGGCCUUGUCGUACAGCGGGAGUGCCUGUGGCUGCGGCUGCUUGACUUCAUCAGCUGCGGGUACUGGUGCUGGCGCUGACGCGGCGGCUGGGGAGGUCCCCAACACAAUACUGGCGGGGGCGCCCCCGGGGCAUCCUGCCGCUGUCCCUCCUCCUCCAGAGCCCCUGACAUCCCUGCCGGCGGACUCCCUCUCCAACACCUCCCGGCCCCACACAUCCUUCUCCACUUCCAUGCUGACCACUGCCGUACAGCUCCCCCCGCCGUACGCGCACAACUACCAGCCGCAUCACCCCUCGCCGCCCUGCGGCCCCCCGCCCGUCACCACCGGCCUCCGACCCCGACCCGCCUCCCGCGCCUCAUCCGCCCCCCUGCACGGCUACAGCGUGCUAUCCGGCGCCACCGCCGCGGCCUCGCCCUCUGCAACCGUCACCGGCGCACUGUCAUGCGCUGUGCCCCUGGCCGCCGCCGCCCGCGGCCCUCCUGCAGGCGCCCUUGCAGCUGGCGCACCUGCUCCGUUCUCACCCUUUGUUGCUGCCACAGCGGCUGCUCCUGCUGUCGCUUCCCGAAGAGCCGCCCCUGCUGCCAAGACCUCCCGGCUCGGACUUCGGGAGGCAGCCAACGCUACCUCAGCUGCCAGCAGCAGUGCUGCGGUUGUUCAGCAGCCGCUGCAGCUGCGGCGGAAGCGGCGUACCCCAACCCCGGCGGGGCCGCUGUCGACCCAGCAGGAGCAGGAGGAGCAGCAGCAGCAGCACCGCCACAUGUGCGGUAUCCACUCACCAAGCUCCCCUCAUGAGGAGCCGAACCUGCAGCAGGCCUGGGUGGCGGCUUCGGCACUUGCAUCCACAUUCGCAUCUGCACCCGCUGCCGCGCCCUGGUCUCCCCUGGAUAACAGCAGUACGGAGUCAGCCCUCGGCGUCAGCACAUGGCCAGCACCUUCUCAUCCCGCUUCUGCCGCCAGCGGCUUCCGCACGCACAGCCGCAGGCAGGUGCCGUCAGCAGCGGCAGCCGAUGCUUCCGACUUCUCCCCGCACCAACAACCUCAACUGGGUCAGGGAGGCGGGGAGAAGGCCCAAAGCAUGGGCGGCAACAGCAGCAGCAGCAGCGGAGGAGCAGCAGCCGCGGAGGCCCCCCAUGCGCUCCAGUCGACCAUUGUGCUGCCGACGCCGUCAAACACGCUAUCAACGCAGCAGCAGGAGCCACAGCCACAGCAGCAGCUGGGCAGCAGCCAGCGGCGGCUGUCUCUCACGCACGCAGCUCUGGAGCAGCAACAGCAACAGCAUCCUCCCCAUCGUCAUCAUCCCCGGCUGGCGCUCCCGCCUGGUUGGUACGCCUACCCCUACCCCUAUCCCUACCCCCUCUACUACCCUUACGCCCCGCACCAGCGCCCGCACCUGCCCCUAUCUCUUGGCCGCCAGUCUGCUAAUGUGGCCGCCGACGGCGAUGAUGUGACGGCGCCGACUCAGCAGGGGCCUCAUGGGCUGCCGUACGUGCUGCCGUACCCCGUUCGCCCUCGCCUGCGCCGUACAGUUUCGCCUCCGCCUCCGCACUACCACUACCUCCUGACUCGGACACAACGGCCGAUGCAGCAGCCUGCCCUUGCGAGCGAUUAUGCAAGUGAGUUGCCUCCUCUUCCUCCUCCCAUGGCGGUUGGUAACGGCGAGGGCGACGGCGUUGAUGGUUGCUGCAGCAACAACGAGGCGCAUAAGCUGCAGGAAUCAGUCCUUGGAGGAACGGUUGCGCAGGUCAUGCAGCUGCCACUCAACAACAACCAACUAACGGCCAGUGUACGGCAGCAGCUGCAGCAGCAGCACUUGCAACAGCCGCAGCAACCGACUGAGCAGCAUGGGCUGACGUGGCAGCCGUCUCUCCACCACUUGCAGGUGGCCACGCCGCUAGGACUUGACUCGCCGAUGCCGCCCUCGGCUCCUUCGUUGCUACAGCCCCGCCAGGCCCAGGGCUGUCGUACGUCGUACGGCUGCGAAGAUUCUGUCGUCCACUUGUACGGCAAUGGGUCCUCGGCUGCAGCCGGCCCCAUGCAUGCUGCCACGCAGCAAGCCGCUGGCGGCGUGCAGCAUCAGCCCCUCACAACGCUUGCGGCUUCCACUUUCUCGCUUGGUGCCGAAGCCGGCAGGCCGGUAUUGGCAGCAGGAAUAGGGGAAGCAGCGGCGUGGCCGGCAGGACUGGACUUGGGGGCAGGGGUAGCGGCAGGCUCGUCUUGGCGGGCUUCGCUUGAAGAGGCGAUGCCGCUACGGGCCUCCAGGAGUGUCUUCUACGGCGGCGGCGAGGGCGGCAGCGGCGGUGGCGACGCCAAUGGCAGCGGCAGUGGUAUCAUUGAGAGUCUUUGGGCCUUAUGCGCUGAAAUGGACGGUUCCUCCUCCGCGGCGAAGUGACGGAUGGCGGCGGGACCGCAGCGGGCCGCAGCUGAGGGGAGCUGGAUGAGAGGGCAGGGGUGGUGGCGAUGGAGGUGUGAGGGCCGUUCCUAGGCUAGGCCGGGCUGGCGAAGCGGCUUGCGUGCUGAUAUGCAGGUGUGUUGGGGUAAUGACGGGUGGCAGCCCCGUAAACAACAUGAUUGAAUGAGUAUGUCCUAUUUAGGGUGCACUGGGCGGCUAAGUGGAGGUGCGUGGAGGCAUGCAGGAUAUGGUGUAGCGUAGCGUGACGAGUCAACACAUGAGUUGCUGCAGCCUAGGCUGCUUGUGAUAUGCUUCGAUUGUCCUAACAGUGCAGGCUUGGCUUAAUUCGCAAGCAAUAAGGGGGAUGCAGCCCUGUUGUGGAGGACCUUGCUCGCACAUAUUGAGUUCGUAACGUCUCGCAAUGCAGUGGGGAUGCUAAGUAGCGGUAAUCAUCAUGUUUGCAUUGUUGCCGCCUGCGUAUUACCCGGGCCCACGCCAAGCGGUGGUUUGCUCCGGUUGUGAUUGCGAUUGCUGUGAUCCACUUUAUUCUUUGCUGGUCGGCUUCUGCUUGAUUGUCGCUAGGGGGGUGUAUGCCGUGCUUCUUCGUGUUCUCUCAAGGUGUGCAAUGGCCACUGCCGUUGUUUACGUGACCGGGGCGGGUUUUCGUUGCAGCGGUCAACUGGUGAAAUAAUGAAUGAUCAUGCUAGUUGUCUGGACCAUUCCGGCCCAGUCUGGUCCAUUUCGAAGGCACGCGGUCCCCAGUAUCUGUCAGGACCUUGCUUGGGCUGGUGUGUGCGUGCAGCGCCUGGUACGGUUUGUGACCUGUUCGUGCAAGGUGUCGUACGGAGGAAAUGCCCUGUGAAAAGGGCAAAGGCGUGCCCGUGCAAAUGGUGGCGUGAAUCAGAAAUGGGUGUGACUCCCUUCAGGACUCUUUACCACUUGACCUGCUCCUCUGCCGUGGAGCUCCUUUGCUGUGGAGCAGUUAGCCUGGUGAGAACUGUUAUGGUGCUGUAUUGCCUGUAUACCAUCGGUGUGUUAGGAGGUAGCAACUUAAGUGAUCUCCACAGAACCUGUAACCCAGUUCCACUCCG